AUGAGCAAAAUUGAAGCCCGAUAUAUACUGGGAACCGGUGUCACUAAAUCGAGGUUUCCUAACACGCUGAUCAUGUUUAUUACUUACUUGUUGACUGGAUAUGAAAAUGUAAUCAACGUUACUAGAAGACAGAACCACAGUAAAAAAGAAUUUCUAGAAACACAUCCGUAUGUACAGGCAGUGAAUGAUCUGGCAACAAGUAAUUCUGAACGUUUGAGGGAUCCAGUUUUUUCACCAGACAUCAUUUUCUACAGAACUAAGAUGGGGAAAAAGUUCAAGCAAGAUUGCGACUUUGUCCAUAGUGUUGCGGAAGACAUUAUGAAUAACCGCAGAUGUGCACUGGAAAUUGAGGAUGAUGUAAGCAACAGAAAAUAUCUUGACUUUCUAGAUAUUUCACUGACAGCAAAAGAUGAAAAUGGUGUUGGUCUGUCAGACACGGAUAUAAGAAAUGAAGUUGAUACGUUCUUGUUUGAAGGUUAUGACACAACAGCAAGCGCCAUUUCAUGGAUUUUGUAUUCUCUUGCAAAACAUCCGGAAUACCAGGAGAAAUGUCAGGAAGAAAUCGAUGAUCUGUUACAGGGUAGGGAGUCAGACGACAUCAAAUGGAACAACUUGCCUCAAUUAGAAUACCUAAGUAUGUGUAUAAAGGCAGGCGUGAGAUUGUACUGUCCGGUAGCUAUAGUCGGUCGUGAAACAACAAAACCCUUUGACCUAGGUGACAUUACGAUUCCACCAGGGACAGGAGUUGCCGGUAAAAGGAGAGAUGCAGCAAAUGCCAGGGAUUAUAAAUAUAAGGGAAAGGGAUGGGAUGAGGCGAUGUGGGUAAAUGGGGUAGUGAGUAGAAAGAGGAAAUAA